AUCCUUGAGGACUACCUGCUGGUGGAAGAUGCACCUCUGCUGGAGGAGAUGGCUGAGGAGGAUGAAGAGCUUGACCUGUACAAUGAGAUGACUUUUGGGUUAGACCGAGACUCCACCGAGGAGGACGUCACAAAACCCCUGAUACUUCUGGAGACAAGCCCUGAGCUGGCCGAAGUGGUGUCAGAGGAGACUGAGGCUGGGGAGGAACUGGGGCUUGGAGGGACUGAGCAGCCAGAGGAGCUGGAAGAGCCCCAGGAAGAAGGUGGGAUGGAGCUGGAGGCUGAGCAGGUUGGCUCUGAGUUGGAGGAAGAGGAGGAGGAGGAGAUGGGGAAUGAGGAACAGGAGGAAGACCAGGAGCCCUUUGAGGAGCCCAAUGACCUGGGAGACCCAGCGGUGAUGAGAGCCGUGCAGAGCAAGCCCACACUGGAGAGCCAGGACUCGGCAGUACUAGACAGCAGGAUUGGCACUUGCUGGGCAGAGUUUGGCAAAGAGGACAUGCUGACAAUGGAUUCUGCAGUAUGGGGCUCCUGCCCCAGCAACAUCCCACCCCACCACAUGCUGGAGGAUAAAGCCAUCCUCCAGGUCCUGGAGAGGCCCCCACCGUCCACCAACAUGGCCCUUGACUUCCUUGGCUCCCCUGUGCAGAGGAGCUAUGGGGGUUCUCCUCGGCUCAAGCACCCUGACUUAAGACUGAUGUCCCCCAAGUCCUUCCCUCAGCGCUUUCUCCGGCAGCAGUCACCUCUGCCUCGCUCCCCAUGCUCCCCUCGGCCCUUCACGCCAACUGGCAGGCCUUCUCCGCUCUUCGCUUCCAACCAGACUGCAGGGUAUGCAUCUCCCACCCCUUUCCAGCCUGUGUCACCCAACAUCAGUAGCCCACCACGGCCUCUCGCCAUGCACUUUGGUCCCAUGUCUCCCUCUUUGGAUCCCACUCUCUUCUUCAGUCCAUCAGCCAGUGGCCAGCUGAACCUCAGUGUGCCCAGCCACAUGACACAGCUGCACCCCCAGCACCAGCGGAUCCUGACCCAGCGGCAGCAGCAAGGCGGGCAGGUGCAGAGCAUAUCCCCCAAGAAGCUGUGGUCUCCUAAAGUGGACCCUUAUGCUGGGCUGAUGACCUCUAAAGAAAAGGACUGGGUUGUCAAGGUGGAAAUGAUCCAGCUGCAGAGUGAGAACAUGGAUGAUGACUACUACUACCAGACCUACUACCACUGGCUGGAGCGCAAACAGGCGGAGGAGGAGCUGCUUGGUGGGCGCAACAAGCAGGAACCCCCCAAGUUGGUCACACCAUUCAUCCAGAAAGUGGAGACAUAUGACUCUGUGGUACGCAUCGCAGGCUCACUGGGCCAGGUCGCGGUCUCCACCUGCUACAGCCCUCGCCGAGCCAUUGAUGCUGUGCACCAUUCCCUUGUGGAGGAGGCUGCGGGGAGCCACCGGCUUCGGGCGCUGCACAGGAUUGAGAAGCUUUUCCUGCAGCUGCUGGAAGUGGAGGAGACUCAGCGGAAGAUGUCUCUGGCCCUGGAGGAGCAGCAGCCUUGCUGUCAGGAGCAGAAGAGCCAAGAAGUGGAAUGUAUCUACCAAGCCUUGAAGAUCAGGGCUUGCAGCAGUGAAGAGGAGGCAGAGGAUGAAUUCCUGCAACUCCUCUGUGUGCGGAAGGGCAAGAAGCUCACGGCCCGCCUGCUGCCCCACCUGACCCAGGAGCAAGCAGAGAAGAUCCUGCUGACCAUCACCCACCAUCUACCCUUCCUCAUGAAGAAGGACAUGCUGGAUGAGUCUCUUCCCCUGCUCUACAGCCCAUUGAAUGAGGUGGUGGGUGGGACGACCUUCAGCAAACUCAUCGAGAUCCUGCAGGAGAUGACCAGGCCUCUGCCCGAGUCCCCUGAGCUCCCCCUCNNNNCUGGUGCCUCCCUGCAGUUUGGGAUCUCCUUGCUCUACUCCUUGAUGAGCCAUGGUGAGAGGCUGCUGUCCUCUGACGUGCCGCUGGAGCCACGGAGUGGGGACUUUGAGACCUGGACAGACACAGUGUUCCUGGUUGCCCGAGAGCUGUCCCAAGUGCCCAAGGCCUCUCUGGUAGAGCCUCUCUUCUUGCCCAGCAACCUUCUCUCACUCUUCUGCCGCUACCUGGACAAGCAGACCGUCCACCACCUGGAAGCCAAGAUGGAAUGCUCCCCACUGCCGUCAGAGGCUGCCAUGCUGUGCUGA